UUAAGUGUAAUGCAAUAUAUUUUACAUAGUACUAAACUGCUUAUGAUUUAAUGAAUAUUCAUGGAAAGGAUUGCAUUUUAUUUCAAAUAUACGUUUGGGGUAAAAAUCUGCUGACAGCAGAUACAUUAUUUUCUCAAAUUUCACGAGAUUUUCGUUUUUCAUUUUGCAACGUCAGCAGAAUUGCCCAGUCAGCAAAACAACAUUGAUGGAAAUAUUCACCGAUUUUUAGGGCGUGGCUUACCCAAAAAAGGAUUGUUUUAUAACCUUUUAUGUAAGGCUGACCAAUGAAAUCAAUGGAGCAUUCCUGUAUUUUGUAAACAUUGUAGUAAUUGUUGAUGCAAUGUACUUUGGGAGAAUAUACACAAUACAUGAAUAAAAUGUUCUUUAUUCAUUUGAUCCAUAUAUAAAUGCAUCUUGAUCCUUGUUAUAUAAAAGAGUAUAUGGUAAAAUGGAUAAAUUACACAUGAUUCUUUAAAUUCUCACAAUGACAACUAUAAUUUAUUAUCAGAAACACACAUUUUUAAUAUAUGCACGAUCUUAUCUUCUACUAAACACCUUAUUUGGAAACUGCUAAAUCAGCUUUUUUUUUUACAUCCAAUGAAAUGAGACUUUGGGUUGAAGCUACCCCUAUAUAAACCCUUCAUUUUUCGACUACCAUUACCCCAGCUACUUUUGACUUCCAUGAUUACAGAAAAAGAGAGAAGAUGUGCCGGGAACUUCCGAUCAUCGCAGACAAACUUACAAGAAUAGACCUUUGCAGACCUUGAAAAUCCCUGGAACUUUUUCAGGCUCUUCAUGAGAUCUGAGACAGAAGUCUACGACUGGUGCAGGCGAAAUGGUCUCCUCGUAAGUCAACUACCUUGUGCCCCAAAGAAACAGAAUGGACGGCGGAGUUCAAAAGGGGAAAAGUGUGACGGCAUCAUGGUAUUAAAGGGGUCAGCUUGCCGAACUGGAGGAGAGAUACUACGCUGCCAGAAGAACCGGAACCAUCAAAAGGCCAUGAGGGUGAACUCUUUCUUUGAGGGCUCUACACUGACCAUUCCAGACUGCAUGCUCUUCAUCAAAUGCUACCUGGACAAGCUGUCUCUUCUUCAGUGCUCCAAAUUUGUUGGCAUAGCAUAUGGCUCAACGGCAGUUAACUGGGGCUCCUUUGUACGAGAAGUGUUCAAAGAACAUUUCCACAGGAACACAAGGAUGAAGAAACUGUCUGGCAUUGUGGAGCUGGAUGAAUCCCUCUUUGGUAAAAGAACCAAGUACCACCGGGGAAAUCCACAUGGCGGAAUGAAGGUACAGAAUCUAUAA